AUGUCCGCCAGCCCAACGCCUUCUGCUGGUGCCGAUUCCAAGCCGGCAGACCAGAUUCACUUCCGCUUCUGUCGCGAGUGCUCCAACUUGCUCUACCCCAAGGAAGACCGCGUUACCAACCAACUGAUGUUCACCUGCCGUACCUGUCACGUCGGCGAGCCCGCGAGCUCCUACUGUGUCUACCAGAACAAGCUCAACAGCCAGGUCGGGGAUACUGCCGGUGUCACCCAGGAUGUGGGCUCAGAUCCUACGGUUUGUCUCCCAGAAACCCCCCUUGGCUUCCUAAGCAUUCCCGGCUUCUGCGCGUGCUGUGGCCAAGAGAUGGUUUGUGAGACCUGCGGCCGCAGCUACUAUGCGGUCCCCGAGGAAGAGCAGCAUGGCACGCUUCCCCGAGCCAACAAGCUUUGCCCAAGCUGCGGCGAGAAUGAGGCGGUUUUCUUCCAGUCUCAGCAGCGUUCGGCUGAGAGUGGAAUGAAACUCUACUACGUGUGCUGCGCGUGCGGCAAUGUCUUCAUGUGA